CCCGAGAGAGCUAUCGAAACCCUCAACCUCGCGUACUUGUAUAUAAACCACACUGUUCCAUUCGUGAGGCCACGAGCGAGCAAACGCCAACCACGCCCUCGUCCUCUUCCCACGGUCAUCGAGACCUUCCCCACAGGAUACCCAACGUGCCGGGCAUGGGCAAUUGCCAGACGGCCGAGGUGGCGGCCGUGGUCAUCCAGCACCCAGCCGGAGGCGACGACGGGGUUGGCCGCGUCAAGGUCGAGCACGCGCACGGCACCCUCUCGGCGGCCGCCGUCAUGGCCGCGAACCCCGGCCACUACGUCGCGGCGAUCAUCCCCACUGACGCCGCGGCGGCGGCGAAGAAGCGGCGUCUGAAGCUGCUCCGGCCCGACGAUACGCUCGCGCUCGGCGGCGUCUACCGCCUCGUCAGCUUCGAAGAGGUGCUGAGGGAAUUCGUGUCCAAACGGCACGCCACGCUGAGCCACAUGGUCGUCGUCGCCACCGCUGCUACCGAUGACGAUCGCCGGCCGGAGUCGGACCGCUCGCUUGCUGACAAGCAGCAGAUAUGUUGCUGUGCUCAUGGAUGGACACUGCCAGCUGCGGCCGAACCAAAAUAGCGCGAUUAUUCAUUAUUCCCACCAAACGCGCGCGCGAGAGAGAGUCCCGCAUAAGAUAUUUACUAUGGGCGCGUUUGGUUCCCUGUGGCUUAGGCCUGAACAGGCUUGCGUAAUGCAGCCUCAUGGCAUUUGGUUGCCUGCCCAGGCACCUAAGCCAGGCUUUCUUAUGCAGUGAGGACCCUCUAGCUUGGCUCCGCCAGUACGCCGGAAUUGGGCGUACUAGCUAAGCCAGGCUUGUACAAGCCAACGGAGUCGCCUCACCACCACUGCGGCGGAGGGUCAUCUACCUCCGAGGAAGCUCUCCAGCGAGACCGUGGCACAACCACGCACGGCGGCGGAGGGGUCACCUGCAGCCCAGGAAGCUCCCCAUCACCUCAUGUGCUUCCACCACCCAACUCCUUCCCUCGCUUGCCGCGGCGGCGGGACAUCUCGGCGUAGCGUUGGUGUGGCCAGGCAGCUCGGAAGAGGAGCAACACAUGAUCGAGAAACAAAGAGGGGGAGAAGCUCAAGCUGCUUGGAUUGGAGGAAAUUCAGAAGGGGGAAAUAGCUGCGCUUUGCCUAUUGGAGAGGUGACCAAACGGAAAGAGAGAAGCAGAGACUGAGAGUCACAAGAUGCAGUGCUGGGGGCUGCUGAUUGCUAGCUUGCUUGGUAGGGGCUGCUGGUGCUAGCUUCUCGGAGGUGACGGCGAGAGCUGUUCCCGCUAGCUUGCUGCGAUGGCACCAUGCUUGGCAGCGUACAUGGCCGCACGCAUAGGAGAUCUCAGAGCUCGAUUCACCAUGUACAGGGAGGUUCAAAAGCUAUUGACAAGGAAGGGAUUCGCAUGCGGCGGAGCUCAAUUUGCCGUCGAACCUCUCCACGCCAUGUCCGGCGCGAGGAUGGGUGAGGAAGGGAGAUGGUAAGUUCACCGAUGUCCAAUACAAGAUUGUCCUACCAAUUUCUACAAGCAACCAAACACAAACUAGACUAUCCAGACUAUCAGUAGCCAUCCAAACCAAACACGGCUGAAUGUACUAGUUAAGCCUGGUGAAGUCUAGCCUGGCUUAGUUUUCUAGCCAGGCUAGAGCUGGCCAACUAACCAAACAGACGCUAUGUGCAACAACCAAGUUCCCCUUUGCCCUUUGAUACGUACACAUAGGUUGGGUUGGGGCUUGUCAGCUUAAUUAAUCAAAGGUGGUCCUUUUUCA